UUAAAAAAAACUCGUAGCGAUUACGUAUCAAACAGACUACCAGUGUAACGCUGCAAAUGCCGACAUGCUAUAAUCCAUCAUGCACGCUGAUUGCAUACCUAUCAGGCGCCAUGUCAUGUUUCUGGCUUUCCAUGAAAUUGAUACAAACACUGAAAACUGUUUUUUUUUAACUUCCUGGGCGGGUUCCGAGUAUGUGUAAACAUGUAGUAAAGAAACCAAACGAAUAACAAACAAACAAACUGACAUCGGGGAACAGGAGAACGUUUCGUCUACCUUAAUUUGCACAACUGAACGCGUUCCCGAUCGUGCAGAAGAACAACGGCGUUCGCACCAAAAUGCCUGAAACAAAACGGGGAAGCUUGGGUACAUAUUAAGAUCACUUCGAGACCAUCGGACGAUAAAUCAGCAGUAUCUUUACCCGUUAACUGAAGGCAAACCAAGCGGAACAAUGCGCUACUCAUUGGUAGUGUGUUUUAUAGUGAUCGUAGCGUUCGCUACAAUCGGUGCACAAAAGGCGGGAUGUGUGAAGGAAAUCUGCCCAGCCCGGGAGCGGUACCAGUGUUGCGGCUCGUGCAUUCAGCGCACUUGUGCCCUGGAGGAUGAUACUACAUGUCCGGACGUGUGCUACAAGGGUUGCUACUGCAAGCAGGGAUACGUGAGGAAGUACGCACCGGACGGUCCCUGCAUUCGGCAGGACAAGUGUCCCCGAACUAUUCCAACCCGCCCGCCACGUAAAUAGUGUUACUACAAAACCGGCUUUUUACCCUUUUCGGUGGAAUUUUUCAUAUCAAAACGGGACAGCGAAAAAUGGUAUUCUACGAAGAAUAAACCAAGAAUGAAUUUGAUAUUGAA